AUGAAUACAUGCAGCAUUAGCGAUGAAGACUUUGCCCCCUGGGCCAACAACGCGGUUUGGCUUGUCAUGGAAAAGAAGUUCCCUCAGUUUCAAUCCAAGGACGAGCUCGCUUUUCAGCUCCAGAAACAAAACCCAACAACCGAACUCCUCACAGACCAAAAGACACGCGUCAAGCGCGCCAACUUGCUCUCUGAGUAUGCCACCGUUCAGGUGGUCUAUCAAUCCUCCAACACCACCAACAAUCCCAACAUCAGACUUUGCGCUUUCAUAUUCUGUGACAAUUUGAUAGUCACCAUUGCAACUCGGGCCCUCCUUCAACAAGAAUACACGAACAAUCCGGCUGCAACAAAAUCAAAGUGGAGGCAAAUUGACAACCUGGGUUUCUUAUCCAAACAUGUCAAUGAAUUCCAGGGGCCCAGAGCCAAACUCACGGCGGAAGAGGUCGGAUACCUUUCUGGGUCUGAUAUUCUCGCCAAAGAACUCCAGCGCAUCAACAGGGCCCAUCAAGGCCAAAUCAAGACCAUCUACGAAAACCACCGUAAAGAGAAAGAAGAGAUCGAGAACCAAGCACAGCAGCUUCUAAACGUCGAUGAAGACAGCAUGGUUAAUCAGCUGAGCAAGAAAUGCAGCGAAUUGGAAGAGGAAAAUGCGGCGGUCAAGGAGGAAAAUGCUAUCCUAAAGAAGCAGAAAGCUACGCUGGGAGAGGAUAUUAAGUAUCUCCAGCUCGACAAUCAAGAGUCCUUGAAAAUGGUCAAGGUCUCGGAGGAGAAGAGGAAAGCUCUGACGACGAUCGUGACGGCGAUCGACAAGAAAACUAAGACGGCGGAUGAGGAUGAAUUAUUGAUCUCUCUGUAA